GCACUUCUGGCCUCUCUCGCUGGAAAAAAUUAAAAAGCAGAUCUGUGACUCCCUCGGUCCUUGUUGGCCGCAACUACGCCCAGCCGCGCGCCGCUCCGGCCCGGCCCGCGGCACCUGCGCCCCGCGCCCGGCCCCGCCCGCCUCCCUCCGCACCCGCCGCAGCGCCGCCUCGGCUCUCAGCCCUUCGCCCCACCCUGCCCGGCGGGCCCCCUCCGGCCGUCAAUUAUUAACCAGCCGCGCGGCCGGCACCAGGAAACCCGAGCCGCGGCCACAGCGGGGCCGGCCCGGCGCGGGGCGCGGGGGCCGCCGGCGGACCAUGGAGGCAGGAGCCGAAGCGAAGGGGCGCGGCCCCGUGGCUCCCGAGCCCCCCCAGAGCCCCGCGCUGCCGCGGCUGCCGCGCCGCCCGCAGCUCCUGGACGAGGACGGAGGGCCCUGCGUGGAGGUGGCCGCAGACGCAGCCCCUGAAGACCCCCAGGCCGACCCGCGGGCCUCGGCCUCCGCGGCGCCCCUUGCCCAGGCCGAAGCCGAGGCCGCGGGCGAGGCCAGGCCGGGGCCCAAGGUGGCAGCCGGUGGCGUCCCCGACAUCGGCUUCGUGGGCGAGCCCCCGCCCUACGCACCGCCCGACCCCAAGGCUGUGCACCUGCUCUACCCGCCCUUCCCGCAGGGGCCGCUGCUCCUCCAGCCCGCGCCCUCGCCGCAGGCCCUGUACCCCCCGCCCGCGCCCCUGUACCCCGGGCCCGCGCCGCCGCUGCUCGCGCCCUUCGCGGUGUGCAGCAGCCCUGGGGCUGGCGUGCCAGCCCCUGCCAUGGUGGAGCACAGGCCCCCGCCCAAGGACUACAUGACAGAGUCCAUCCUGGUGACCUUCUUCUGCUGCCUGCUCACCGGCGUCGUCGCCUUCGUGUACUCCCAUGAGACUCGCGCCGCCCUGAGGAGAGGGGACCUGGCCCAGGCCGAGGAGGCCUCCCGCAAGGCCCGCUGGCUCGUGCUCUUCAGCCUGCUGUUCGGGGUCUUCGUGUCCACCAGCUGGGUCAUCUACGUGGCGGUGGCACUCCACGUCCCCUGAGGCCUGGCGGCGCCUCUGGGGACGCCGGGAUGCCAAGGGACACCCAGUCUGGCCAGACUCUUUCUGUGGACCUUGACCACCGCCAGUGGCCAUCUGUUGCCUACAGGGGAGACCCAGGGGCCAGAGAAGGGUGGGGUUUGCGGCCCUCGCACACCUGGGGCCGGGCCUCAGCCUCUACAGAUGGCCUCGGGCAGUGUCCUAAACUGAGGUGGCCCCGGGGCCAGGCCCAGCUGUGGGAUGGGAGCCCCAUUUCCUCCGUGCCUCCUCCAGAGGUCUUCCUGGGACCGUGCGGAAGGGGCCCCCGUGAGCCCGGCCUUCACCGCGCCCCUAGGAGGCCAUCAGAGAGGCCGGAGCGCUCACCGUCCUCGGGGCCGUUUGGAAGGACAUCGGGAACGUGGCCUCCUCCCGCCUCCAGCCCAGCGGGGUGAUGGCAGGCCUGAGGAGCUGCUCUGCCUUCCUCCCUGCAGGGCAGUUGAGGGGGUGGCCUCCUCUCCUCUCCUCGGCAGCUCCUGGCGGGUUGUUCUGCACCCCACCCCUGGGCCCAGGCUCCCCGCAUGCUGAGUCCACGUUCAGAACCCAAGGCUGCUUUGUCUGGUCAAUAAAUGAAAGCAGUGCCCUGGGCUGGGCUUCACGUCGCUGUUUCCUGGCUCACUUUCAGGGCGACCGGCCACCUCUGUCCACAGCUGGGCUCUGGGCCCCUGCGCCUGCCCUCCGGGAGAUGCUGUCGUGCAGAGCAGCUCCGGCGAGGAUCUGUUUGUGCCCACACUGUAUGGCUGCUGCUCCCUAGACCCACUUCUCCCGGGGCUGCUUUGCUAGAAACUUCUCUCCCCUCCAUACCGCCUCCUGGCUUCUGCUUACCACCACUUUCUGCCUGUCUUUCAGCUCUGACCCAUCCCUGGAGGGUCAGCUGGGUUCCCCUGUGGUGGAGGCCACCCUGGUUGGGACGUGCUGUCCCCCGGGUUGCCCCGAGGCUGCUGCAUGCUGUAUAUUGGUGCCCUUGCACCAGAUACCAGGCACCCCCGUCCGGUCACUGUGGUCCUGAGAGUGGCACUCUGUCUGAACAAGAUUCAGAACUUGGGGUGGUGGAUGGGGCCCAGGGACUGAGGGCACAGCGGGGCUCUGCAGCCCCAUUAGGGGUGUCAUCAUUGCAGUAGCUCUCUUGGCUUCCCCAGUCCCCGCUCCCAAGGACAGUCCUUGCCUUCACAGGUUCUCUGGUUUCUUGAGGAACCUGGGUUUUCCCCAUCUGUAAAGUGGGGUAACACCCCAGCUGCCUCUGGAGUUGUGGGUGCCCAGCAUGGUACCUGGCCUGCAGGGGGCGACCAGCCUGUGGGGGGCUGAGGCGGGGUUUUUGUAGGGCCUUACAGGCCUAAGGCAGUGGGGAGCAGGGAGUCAGGGUCUUCCAGGAGCUUCAGGGCAGCAGGAAUCCCAGCCAGCAGAGAGGGGGCUCCAUUAAUGGCGUUUUCCUGUGGAGGGGCCCGAGCUUUCACCCGAUUCUCAAAGGGGUCCUUGAUUCAAUGAGCAAAAGCCAUCUGCUCAUUGCAGAUGGAAGAGGCCCCGGUUGAGCCAUAAAAGAUCAACAGCUCAUGUUAAAUCAGGGGCUUUCUGUGCACCCCGUGUGCCGCCCACAGUCCUGGCAAGGCGGCUGGAGCACGAGGACAGCCCAGCCCAGCCCUGGGGGUGCUCGGGGAGCUGGAGGGACUCGGAUGAAGAAGUGAGGGGCAACUGCUUGGAGAUCAAGACAUGGCCUGUGUCCUAGAGCCCUGGGCUGGUCCCGAAUUAGAAUAUGAAACACUGAACUGCAUAAUAGCCACAGAAAAGGAGGAAGCCAUUUUUUAGGGACCAAUAGAUGCCAAAAAGCAUUUGGUAGAACCAGAUAGCUACAGCUCUUCUUACUAAAAUGAUAAGUAAAAUCAGAAUAGAAAGAAUCAUCUAGAUCCGUGUUCCUUGAAUUAAGUAUAUAAGAGACGCCAGGGAAAGCUCAUGAAAACGCAGCUCUGUUUCAGUAAGUAGGGCCUGAGAUUCUGCAUUUCCAAUGAGCUCCCAGUGACGCUGAAGUUGGCACAUGAAACCACAGCAAAUGGCACAUUAGGUGGGAAACGGUUAAGACCAUUAAAAAUCAUUAUAACCGGGAUCAAGCCAGGGAUGCCCCAGUGUCUUUAUUCAGCAUGGCUUUGAGGUUCUAGCCAGUGUAAAAAUAACAAGGUGAAAUGUGUAUGAAAACUGGAAGAGACAAAAUGAUUCCCUAGAAUAUCUAAAAGUCAAUGGAAAAAUUAGAACUAAUAAGAGAACUCAGGAAAGUGGGUUCAAUAGCCACAAACAAUAGCCAAUAGCAAUAAUGAAAAGCAGAAGAAAACUGAAAAUUACACUCACAAGUAUGAUAAAUUCCUAGACUUUAUUGUUUUUAACAAGAAAGAUCCAGAUGCAAAUGAAGAAAAAUUUUUUUUUAAUUAGCAAAAGACAGAAAAAACUGGACAAAAUACCUGGAUAGGAAGAUAAAAUAUCAUGAAAAUAUCUAGUCUUCUUAGAGAUGUAAUGAAAUUCCAACAAGAGAACCAAGCUUUUAAAACUAUGACAAAAAUGUUUUAAAGAAUUAAUAUAAAAGGAAAUGUACAAAAAUUACUAAUAAUUUUUUUUAAGUUUAAUGAGGGGGGCUCCCUUCACCAGACAUUGAAACUUGCACAAAGUUGCAAUAGUCAAGAGAGAAUGGCUUUUUUUCAUAUACAUCAGUGAAAAAUGUUAUAAAGGCCAGAGAACAUUCCAAGUAUGUACGGGAAGUUGACAUCUGAUCAAAAUGGCAUUUUAUUUGAGGUGAAGAGAGCUCAUAAAUUAAAGCAGAGUUGACUCUCUGGUUGGAAAAACUAAUCGCAUAUUGUAUGCAAAAAUCAAUUUUAGAUGGAUUAAAGAGCUAAGUGUAAAAUUAAGCUCAUUAAUAACUGCAGAAAGUGUAGGAGAAUAUUUGCAUAACUUCAGGGUGUGGGGCAAUAAAGAAAGGGAAGUCUGUAAACAUCUGGAAAAACAUGGAAAGAUGGAGAGAUUUGAGUUCUACUUCUGAGGAAAGUACAGAUUUAAGCCAUGAGAGGACUUUCAGUUACCAGAUUGAAUGCAUCCGGAGCCGGGGGUGACUCAGCACAUUCCUUCCCAUGAAGUACUGCUGGGUGUGUAUUACUCGGUCCUUAUGGAAAGUAGAUCGAUGACAUUGGUCAUGUAUGUACCACAUAUUUACAUGCAUGUAAGUGGAAAGAAAGCACAGAGUCUUACGAGUGGGAUGUAUUCCAAACUGCUGGCCGUGGCUACCUUUGGGCAGGGAAUGGUUCUGGGAGGACUUGUGCAAAUACAUUGCUUGAGCUUUAAAACACAGAUGUCCUUGUGUGUUGUGUAUUAAAAAAUAACUGAAAAAAAAAAGUGUGUGCCUUUUGACCCAGUGAUUCUAGUUUUAGUAUUCACAGUAGUGAAAAAUCAGUCUGUUUUCCUGAAGCUCCCAGUCCGAUGGGGAAGACAGACAUUUAUCAGAUGGAAUAAUUGCCAACUGUGCUGAUGGGCCAGGAAGGAGAGGAAGCUCACAGCCAAUUGGAAAUGUUGGGUGUAACUGAGAGAAAACUGAUUAAAUCAGGGUGCCUGCCCCCUUAUUCCAGAGAUGUUAGAAUAUGUGCCUUAGAAUCACUCUAAUGUGACACAGGGGUUUUUGACCCGAGAAAGUGGUAAAGAAAGGCUUUCCUGAGCAAGUUGUGAAUAGGUUACCGCUGCGAUCCAGUGAGAGGUUCUGAAGUCCGUCCCAAAGUGGUAUUGUUCUGGAUUCCCAUAGCUGCUCCCACACUCACCAACCCACGGCAUUUGUCAGUCAUUUAAAGCUGUCAUAUAUUUCCCUGUGGCUCGUUUGCAUUUCUCUGCUGACUAAUGAUGUUGAGCCUUGUAUAUGUGUCUGUUAUUUGAGGCUCUCUCUGUAUUAUAUACCUGUGCAAGUCCUGUGCCCAUUUUAGUGCGGAUUGUCUUUUUCUGAUCAAUGUAGAGUUCUUUACUCUAGACGAGAGUCCUGUGUUAAACAGGUAUUGCAAAUAUCCUUUCCCACUUUGGAGCUUCCCUUUUCACUCUUAUUGGUGUCAUCUAAUGAAAAGAAGUUCUCAAUUUUAAUACAUUCAAAUUUAUCUUUUCUGGAUUUUUUGGAUUCAAGAUGGCGGAAUAGCAAGGCAAGACAGAAACCUCCUCCCAAAAACACAUAAAAGAGGAAAAUAAAGCAAAUGUAACUAGACCUGAAAACAACCUGAAGACUGCAGAGCAGACCCCCCACACCUGAGGAGGAAGGGGGGCCACACGGGAGGGGCCGGAAAGCUCAGCAGAGACAUGGAAUACAGAGGGAGAAGCACAGACUCCCUGACAGGAUGAGCGGGCGGAGGAAUUCGAUCCAAACAUUACAAGACAGAACCCCAGAAAGAGGGCUAAAUGAAACAGAAACCACCAGUCUUCUUGAUAAACAUUUAAAAAUAAAAGUCAUAAACAUGCUCACAGAUUUACAGAAAAGUAUUCAAUAUUUCAGGGAGGACAUCAACAAAGAGAUAGAAAACCUGAAAAAGAGCCACUCAGAGAUGAAGAUACAAAAUCUGAAAUGAAACAUACAGUGGAGGGAUUUAAAAAUAGAU